GCUUGGCGUGUUUGCUGGCAUUCCCCUUCCCUCGCGACAGGGCUAGGGCCCCCUGUCUAGGCUGCGCAGCCUUCCCACCGCUGCUGUCAAUAGCACCUGCUCUUGCGAAGCGCCCGACAGGCAAGAUUGUCAAACAAUCCAGCGCCUACUGCAACGUACUCCAUCUACGGCUAUUCUAUCUUGUCUCAGACACUUUCUUGCCAAAAGACACGCUUACUGGCUACAUCUUACACCAGCAUACCAAUUCAGCCCCCACCUUCCAAGGCUGAUUGUGGUCUCUCGCCGUAACAGAGUCGUACCGGGCGUCAGCACCAGCCAACUCUAUCCUCAGCCGCACAGUCCACAUUGCCAGAAAGCAUCCUCUUGUCAUAUAACCCUCGAGCCUGUCGGCUUUGUCCUCUCAGACCCAAGCUCCUCUCUCGUCCUCGACCUCGUCCACCCCAUAGACGCGCGCGUCGUCACCUGCUAUACCCAACUCAAGUACUCCUAAGCCGCAAUCAUGGGCGAUUUGUCCGGGCGCAAGGUGUUCAAGGUGUUCAACCAAGACUUCGCUGUCGAUGAGAGAUACACUGUGACGAAAGAGCUGGGACAGGGUGCGUAUGGUAUUGUCUGCGCUGCGACUAACGGCCAGACUGGCGAGGGCGUUGCCAUCAAGAAGGUCACCAAUGUCUUCAGCAAGAAGAUCCUCGCAAAGAGAGCCUUGCGUGAGAUCAAGCUCCUCCAGCACUUCCGUGGUCAUAGAAAUAUCACCUGCCUGUACGACAUGGAUAUCCCUCGGCCGGACAACUUCAAUGAGACCUAUCUCUACGAAGAGUUGAUGGAGUGUGAUCUGGCGGCUAUCAUCCGUUCAGGCCAACCACUCACCGACGCCCACUUCCAAUCCUUCAUCUAUCAGAUCCUAUGCGGUCUCAAGUACAUCCACUCUGCGAACGUCUUGCACAGAGAUCUGAAGCCAGGAAACCUACUCGUCAACGCCGACUGCGAGCUCAAGAUCUGCGAUUUUGGUUUGGCAAGAGGGUUCUCUCAAGAUCCGGAGGAGAAUGCUGGAUACAUGACAGAAUACGUUGCCACGAGAUGGUACCGUGCUCCUGAGAUCAUGCUCAGCUUCCAGAGCUACACCAAAGCCAUCGACGUCUGGUCCGUCGGAUGUAUUCUGGCUGAGCUGCUGGGUGGACGGCCGUUCUUUAAGGGUCGCGACUACGUCGACCAGCUCAACCAGAUCCUGCAUUACCUGGGUACACCAAACGAGGAGACUCUCUCACGAAUUGGAUCGCCCCGUGCUCAAGAAUACGUUCGAAACCUCCCUUACAUGCCCAAAGUCCCCUUCCAGAGGCUCUUUCCGCAGGCGAAUCCCGAUGCUCUGGAUCUCUUGGAUCGGAUGCUGGCAUUCGAUCCCUCCUCGCGUAUCUCGGUGGAAGAGGCGCUGGAGCACAGAUACCUCCAUAUCUGGCAUGAUGCAUCAGACGAGCCCCCAUGUCCUAAGACGUUUGAUUUCGCAUUCGAGGUUGUUGAAGAUGUUCAAGAGAUGAGAAAGAUGAUCCUGGAUGAAGUUAUGAGAUUCCGACAGCACGUCCGUCAUCAACCUUCUCAAACCUCGUCCUCGAGCAUUAAUGUCCCGAUCCCGGAGAAUCCAGCUCAAUGGACUAGUAGCCGCGACGACCCUAGACCACAGGAAGCGGGUCAAUUUGUCGGCAACGACCUCGAACACGAAUUGCAGGCCGGUUCGGAUCUGAUGCGACGAUAGACACGGACGCUCGGCCGACUGGAAGCUUCCGGAUUGUUCAGGCUCUAUUGGGAGUAUGAUGAAACAAAAUACAGCUUUUGGCUUUAGUAGGUAUUCUGUGGCAGUAUCAAGCACCUGGGCCUUAUGCUUUACGAAAAAAUAGCCUUCAAGACGUUUUCUCAACCGCU